AUGUCCAAGGAGCUUCGAACCGGCGGAAAUCUUCGAAAAUGGCGGUUCACAUGGGAAGCCCAAUCUCACAUCCCAACCCUCCGCUUGUUCCUCUUCGAUUCAUACACAAAACCCUCGAUUCAAUGCGAGAAGCUCAGCGUCCUCAUAUGCCCCUCAGAGUCUCUGGUCCUGGUGAGCUGGACCGAGGACGCCCAAGUCUCGCUUAGGGUUCCAAUGCCUAGGGUUUUGGUGGAUGCUGACUCUCCUGUGAGCUUCAGUGCCUUAGAUGAUCACAUUGAGGUCAAGCUCGUCCUUCUUCUCCCCGUUGAUCACCCUAUUGUUUUGAGCUUCGAUUCUAUACUCAGUUUGAAUGAAGAGAAAGAGAUUGCGUUUGAGGAUGCUUCCAAGCCGCUUCCGUUGGCCUCUGAGGUAAAGAGGCUAUCUUCGUCUGGUGGAGUUCACUUUUACUGCAGAAAUUGCUCAUUUAAGUUGACUGCAAGUCCCCUUAGCCAUUUUGUGGAAAUGCCUUCAGUCAAUUGGCGAGAGGUGGCUGAUAACUGGUUUGGGGCUUGCUGCUGUUCAUUUGGAGGCAUUAGUGAGAAGCUGGUUGCUAGGUAUGCAAAUUCUUACGCAUGUGCAAAGGGCGUGUGCCUGUUGAACUCUACAAAUAUUACACUUUGCAAAGAAGAUCUUGUUGGGUUUGAAUUUCCUGACUGGGGUGAACGUCCAAGAUACGACAGUGAAUCAGAUGGAAGUGGUGAAAAUGGUUUUAGCAAAUCUGAACUUAAUUCAGGAAGUAAUCUUGCAUGUGAUGAGAUACUGAGGUUCGCAGAGGUUAGGGAUACAUAUUUUGCUGAAGAUUUUAAAUGUGAAGUUACUAAGGUUGAAAGUAACAGUGAGGGUGUACCAGAGUACUGUGUAAAAAUGGCUUCAACACCAGGAUGCUGUAAUUAUACGGGAAGUCAUUUUCAAAAUUAUGAUGAGGAAGGCUGCAGACUUCAUUUGUCUGAAAUUUCCUUGGAGGACCCAAAACCUGCUAAAAGCAUAGAGAUUCUGAAAAACCACAAAUCUUUCCUAAAUGGGUUUCUUGAAAAUAUUUUCAUGGUUAGGUCCUCCAAUAUGUCGGUAGAUGUUGAGUGGAUUGAAUUUUUCUGCCCUCAAUGUUCGUCUCUUCUUGGAGCUUACCCAUGUGAUGAUGGUAAUGCACUUGUAGACGGUGGGGUUCGAUUGUUUAAAUGUAAUGUUUCCACCGGUCUACCAGUUGGUGGGCCAACAGACUUAUUCAGGAAGUAUACCUUGGAAAAAAUGUUUGCGAAUCAGCUACUUGAAUGUGCAAAAGAUGAACUAUCUUUUAGGACCGUGGUUAGGGACCUAAAAACCAAAUCUCCCAUACUGCAAAUUGUUCUCAUUAAUACAAAUUUUUGGUCUUGCACUGGUGAUUGUUUGGCCAAAGAGGGCAAGGAAGAACCAGUACCAAAGAUAGAUCUGCAUCCUGUCAUCAAGGUGCUAUUCUCACAGUGCAGCAGCAGUAUGGACUCUCAAAUAAGGAUGUUAGAAGAUUCAGUAACAAAGGAUGCAGCUGAUGAAGUGUUUAUGCUGACGCAUCAAAUAGAAGAAUUAAUCGAGUCUCUGUCAGCGAGAAAGGAUACACUUCCACCUUCCUGUUCUUCUUUACAGGGAUUAUCUUUGUCAUCCAUGCUGAGGUAG